AUGGAGAUUUUAUUUAUUUAUUUAGGGUGUCUUAUUUUUCAUGCCAACUCCUAAAUGACACAAUGCAUAGAUUAUAAAAUUAAACCUAUUGUAAAUUGCUAAGAUUAUUUUUCACAUUGUUUUAUUUUAGAAGGAGAUGAUGAAGAUUAUACAAAACUCCAACAUAUUGACAUCUAAAUUAUAAAACCAACUUUCAUAAUUCCUUAGCAAGAAUAACCUGUUGUAAUAAAAAUUAUCGAUACUUUUGAUGAGAAAAAGAAAAUAUCAGAAAAACUAAUGUGCUACUUAUUUCGUAAACUUGAGUAUUCUAUCAUUUGUAUAAGUGUUGAAUUAGUUUAUUAAGAUGAAUAAAUUAAUUUUAGUGAGAAGUUUAGAUUUAAUACAAAUAUUUAAGCCACUGAACUCUGUGAUGAAAUGAAUAUAAAUGAAGAUGGAAAUUUUAAUAUGUUUUGUUUAAGUCAAUUUAGUUUAAAAUAAUAUACCAUAAAUAUAUCUAGUAGAAAUGCCUCUUUAAUUUCUGAGUUUGAUAUUCCAAACCAAAUUUAAGAUAGUUGCAAAAUAAAAUAUGUAAAAUGGAAUUAAAAUUUUUAUAUUGUUGUAUUUUAUCAAUGUUCUAGAUGGAAAGUUUUAUUGAUUAAAAAUAAUAAAGUAACAACACUAUUAGAAGCUUAAAUGAAUGACAAGGAGACUUUAUUUUAAGGUUUGUCUUUUAUUAAUGACGUAUCCUUUUGUGUAUCUAAAAAUUUAUUUGUUGAUAUCUAUUUGAUAGAGAAUAAUUAAUAUAUUUAAGUAAGUAUAAACUACAGUUAAUAACUCUAUACGUAUUAUUUUGUAUUUGAAAAUAUAAAACGUAUACAAAAGAUAAUAGUGUAAUAGAAAUGCUCAAUCAUAUUUAUCGUCAAUCCAUUAGAAGAUGACAAUUCAAAUGUUUUUAAUACUUAAGAACGCAAGAAACUAUCUUUACAUUAAAAAUAUUCAAAUUAUAAAAUUUACUUUCAUUCUAAUAUUCUUUUUUUGUAAAAUUCAACAGAAUUAAUUGCUUUUUUGAACCCUCAUCUUUAUCCAACUUUUCAAAUCAAAAGUACUCCAUUACAUUUUUUUGAAAUUGAUAAAUUAUUCUGUUAAUUUGAUGAAACACAAAAUGCUAUAUAAUUUUAUCAAUAUUAUCAAUUAAGUAGCUUGAUUAAACCUAAAUAAAAGUAUCUUUAUAUAAUUUAGAGCUCAGAGUUAUUCAGAAUUAAUACUUUACUAUUGUGCUUAAAAAUGGUUAAUGAAAAUAAUACAAAAUAAUAAAAUUUAAUUUAAUAUAUAACAGUGUAAAAUUAAUGUUAAAGUAAAUUCUAAUAAACAAUCUAAAGGUCAGAAGUUUAAAACGCAUUUAAAAAUAGUUCAUUCAAUUUAUAUAAUCAAGAGGGUAACAUAAGUGUUAGUAUAGGAAAUAAUCAAAUUUUUUUGGACUCCUGUUUAACAAAACUGCAAUAAUUUCAUAUUAAAACUAAGAUAGAAUUGAGAUAAUUAAAUAUUCCUGACUUCAUAAUAUUUUAAAAUGAUAAUUCUUUUUAUAUUUACUCUUGUAAAUAAAAUAAAUUAUUGGUCUAAAUCAAUAGAAAUUAAUUUGAAGUACUAGAAGCUAAACAAACAUAUUUUAUAGUAAAUAAAAAUACCUCAAAUUCAUUGAGAAUAAUCUAAUUCAAAGAAGGGUAAUUGUUCUAAUAGAAAAUAUAGUUUGAUGAUGUAAUUAUAAAUGCUUAAUAAUUCUCUAAAAGUAUAUUUCUUUAUAUAAAUAACAAAAAUUUGCCUACUUUAAUAAUUAACUCUUUUGAACAAAAGUUAGAUAGUAAAUAUCUUCCAAAGGGUCUUUAUCAAUCCGAACCUAUUCUAUUUUAUUAAGAAGUUGGAAAUGAAUAAUUUAUAUAAUAUCUCAAUAUUAUAGCUGUUGAAAAUUAAGGAGGUAUUAGAUUUUUUAAAUGUUAAGAAGGAUUAAUUAUAUCCGUUCUAGCCUCAAAAAUAAGUAAUUAAGACUUUUCUAUGAUAGCAAUACAAAAUGUCUCAAAUUCAUUAAUCCUUACUUAUUUUAAUGAUCAUGAAAUACUUUAAAUUUCUAAUCAUACUUUUUCUGAUUAUUAAUUUGUUUUUCCAUUUAUGUACAAAAUAAACCCUUAGCAUUUGGCUAUUUUAAUAAAUAAAAAUAACAACACACUAUAUAUAGCUAUUUUUUAAUAUACUCAAUCCUCUUUAGAAUUAUAAGAUAUUAUAGCAACUGAUGAUUCCUUUUUUACAUUUUACUAAAAUAGUCUCUUGUUUACAUUUAAUAAUGAAUUGAGAUAUCUACUAUUGAGUGACAUUUUGGUUUAAGUUGAAACAAAUUCCAAUUUUAAAUAUAAUUUAUCAUCCAUGUAUUACUUUUAUCCAAAAAUUUAAGAAGAAGACAAAGAUAUUUAACUUAAAUUUUAGAUUUAAAACAAUUGUUAUAAAUUACAUGCACUUAAAAAUUUAACUAUAUUUAAAAUUCAUUAGCAUUAAAUUUUAAGAGUUAAUAUUAAUGAUAUAUUUUAUGGUCCAAUUAAUAGUUUAAAACUUAUAACUAAUUCAUCCAUUAUUUUAAAUGGACCUUUUAAAUUUAGAAAUUAAUUAUAAUAAUGUAAUCUAAAUGGAUCUUAUAUUUGUAUUAAAUAAUUCAAAAUUGAAGGAUAAUUAAUGUUUUCAACCAUUUUUUUGGAAAAUUAAGUUUUUGAAAUUACCAUUUAACCAUAUUCAAAAAUUAUUUAUAUAACCAAUAUAAAAUUGUCAUAUUAUCUUUGGUUUUUUAAAAAAGAUGUAUAUCUUAAGAUUCAAUUAAUUUAUUGUACUGAUAAAAAUAUCAAUUUAAUCUUAGAUCUCAAUGAUAUCUUCGAAAUAUAAUUUAUUAAUGCAGUUGAUAUAGUAAGAACAGGAAAUUUAAUAUACAUAAAAGAUCUAUUUCUCCAAAAUUAUAUUUAUUUUGAAGAUACCAAUUUUAUUGAAAUAAAGAUACCUGGUAAUGUCUUAGAUAUUAUAUAUAUUGAAGACUCAUAGGAUCAAUAUUUAACUUUAUAAUAAAAAGCUAUAACUUCAAUAAAGUAUGAUUUAAUUAUUUAUUAAAUCAAUUUAAAUUAGACCAAUAUAUUAUAUUCCAUAUCGAUUUUUGAAGAACUUAAAUUAGAAGUGACUAAUAGACAAAUCCUUAUAUAAGAAUUAAAAUUAAUCUCAUGUAUAAAUAUAGGUAGUUUAAUUAAAAUUAAAAUGUUUAUGAUAAGUAAUUAUUAUUCUUAUUUGUAUUAAUUAAUAUUAGAUCAAUAGAAGAAUUAUAUUAAAUUCGAAUUGUAAAAGUAAAUAAGAAAUAGUGUUUCUUUUAGUUCAGAAUAUGAAAAAACAUAAAUAGAAUAAUUCAAUGAAAAUAUUUUAGUAUUAAAAAUAAUUCAAACUAAUCAGUUUUAAUAUUAUGAUCUUAGAGAAGAAAGAAACUUUUAUGAUUAUUUCUAUAAAUCAAGCUAUUUGAUGAAAAUAAAACAAAUCAAUACUACUCAUUCUAUUUUCAUCAAUGAUUCAUUUGUUUAUUUAGGAACAAUUGGAUAUGAAAUUGAAUUAUAAAAUGAAUAAGAAAUUAAUUAUAAUUGUUAAUUACAUGCAUAAAAUGACAUAUCUGAUGAAAAAGUUUUAUUUUAGAUACAUAUUAUUAAAUAAAAUAAUUAGUUUACAAAGACUAAUAUAUCAAUUUAAUUCUCAUCCUUAAUUUUCAUAAUUAUAUAUCUUAGAAAUAGGUAAUUUAGAAUACAAAAAUAAUACAAAAGAAAAAAACAUCUUUAAGUAAUCUAAAUUAUAGAUAUUUGA